UAUAAUUACCUGGUAGACAACCGGGUGAGCCUCUGGGCAGGAAUAAGUUCCGCAGGCUCAGAGACAACGCGACAGUCGACGCGAACGGAGCUCACAAAUAUUGUCGCCAGAGAUCCAGUGAGCUGCUGAGCAAAAUGUAUUCUCCCGCCAAAUCGCCUAUUGUCGAUGUCACCGAGACCCUUUCCCUGCACAGCGAACUGGACAUUGAACUAGAGCCAAGUGGCAAUGCAGCCUACUCCAUUGCUGCAACACACAAUCUUCGCCUGCCUGGACUGCCGGGACUCACAAUACCCAGCCUGUUGGCAUCCAAGUCCAAUGGCAGCAUUUCCGGCGCCACAUUACCCGCUUUCGAAUAUAUCGCACCGCCAAAUCAUGCGCUCCAGAGCAUUGACUUUCCGCUCAUGGAGCUGAAUCGUGUUGGCAUGUUUCCGGGAUUCUUGCAUCGGCGUGCCCGUGGCGAGAAGCGACCCAUUCCGGAUGCCCAAAAAGAUGCUAAGUACUAUGAGCGACGAAAGCGCAACAAUGAGGCUGCGAAAAAAUCGAGGGAUGCACGCAAAAUACGUGAGGAUCGCAUUGCGUUCCGUGCUGCACUCCUCGAGCAGGAGAACUCCAUACUCCGUGCCCAGGUGCUGGCGCUACGAGAUGAAUUGCAAACCGUGCGGCAGUUGUUGGGCGCCACAGCCGGUGGCAUGCUGGGUGUGGCAAGGCAAGUGUGAUGUCGUUGUCGUCGUCGUUGAUAUCGCCGUGUACAUAGUGAA